CAAAUCUCCAAAACCGGAGGCCCAGAAGGAAAAGGGAAAGAAACCCCGAGUGUGGGAUCUGGGGAACUCUAACGCCAAAGUACUCGAUUACAGCAACUCCGCUACCAACGGGAACGCCGAGGCUCCUCCCGCGGAGGAAUUCGACCCUGAAAUAGCUCUGGGGGAUCGAAAUCGGGAGCCCGGCCGCCUCUACGACCUUGAGUAUGAGAGCGAUGAUGAAGUUGAAGAGGAGAAGGUUCUCCAGAAUCCUUCAAAACCCAGCGUGAAGAAGGGUGGCCUGGGGGGGAUGUUUGGAAUGCUGAAAGGUCUGGUGGGCUCCAAGAGCUUGACAAGGGAGGACAUGGACCCCGUGCUGGAGAAGAUGAAGGAUCACUUGAUUGCAAAGAACGUGGCAGCUGAGAUCGCAGUCCAGCUCUGUGAAUCCGUGGCUAAAAAACUGGAAGGGAAGGUGAUGGGAACGUUCACCACGGUGACCUCGACGGUGAAACAGGCCCUGCAGGAGGCUCUAGUGCAGAUCCUGCAGCCCCAGCGUCGCGUGGACGUUCUCCGCGAUGUCAUGGACGCCCAACGUCAUCGUCGACCCUACGUGGUCACUUUUUGUGGUGUCAAUGGCGUUGGGAAGUCCACCAACUUGGCCAAGAUCUCGUUCUGGCUCAUCGAGAACGGUUUCAGCGUCCUCAUCGCCGCUUGUGACACUUUCCGGGCGGGCGCGGUGGAGCAGCUCCGUACUCACACCCGGCGUCUCAACGCCCUGCACCCUCCGGAGAACCACGGCGGGAGGACCAUGGUGCAGCUCUACGAGAAGGGUUACGGCAAAGAUGCCGCGGGGAUUGCCAUGGAGGCCAUCUCCUACGCUCGGAACCAGGGAUUUGACGUGGUGCUGGUGGACACAGCGGGUCGCAUGCAGGACAACGCUCCCUUGAUGACGGCGUUGGCCAAACUCAUCGCCGUCAACGCUCCCGACUUGGUGUUGUUCGUUGGGGAAGCGCUGGUGGGAAAUGAGGCUGUGGAUCAGCUGGUCAAGUUCAACAAGGCCCUGGCUGAUCACUCCAUGGCCCAGACACCGCGGCUCAUUGAUGGGAUCGUCCUCACCAAGUUUGAUACCAUCGAUGACAAGGUUGGUGCCGCCAUCUCCAUGACCUACAUCACGAGCAAACCCAUCGUUUUUGUUGGUACCGGACAAACUUACUGUGAUCUCCGGAGCCUUAACGCCAAGGCUGUGGUCGCAGCGCUCAUGAAGGCCUAAAAAAACCAACAACAAUCCACCAAAUCGCUGUUUGCAGAUGUCCAAAAAGAAACAAAUAACGAUGCUUUACCCCGUUACCGACUAGUCUUUCCCGUGUAGUGCAGAACAGAACGAAGGGA